UUUCCGCCCAUGUCACUCUCGCCUCCGCGCCUUCCCUCCACCCGCCUGCCAUGGCCACCGUGCACCCGCCGCGCGCCGCUCCGCCGCCGAUCGCCCGGCCUCAGUUCGCGCUGCUCCCGAGGUCCCGCGCCGACGCUGUUGCCCUCGACGACAGCGAGAGCGUCGCGGAGUCGUGCCCGCACCCGCACCGCGCGGCGGCGACCGACUCCUCCUCCUACGGCGGCAGUUCGUGCUGCCACGAGGAGGAGAUGGAGGACGACGACGACGGGUGCAGCAGCUGCGUCGAGGGAGACGAGUGCAGCUACUACCAGCAGCUCCAAGAAGCCGCCGACGACGAGGGAGGGAAGAAGGCGGGGAGCCGUGCUUGGUGGGAGCAGCUGGCGCCGGCGUUCCCGCUGCCGGCGGCGCCGCAAACGCAGGAGGCGACGGCGGAGGAGGACCCGAAGCGCGCGGCUGAGCGGCAGGAGGAGGACCGCAAGUUCUGGGAGGACUGCCUCGCCUCAGGGUAUCCAUGAAUUCAACACACAUCUCAUGAUCUCAAGUUCUCAAUACGACGACGACGGCAAAGCCAAAACCGCCGUCCAACACACACAAGCUUAUAUGCUCCUUUGUUUGUUUCCUUUGUACAGCUAUUUUUCACAAUUUGUUUAGCAUUUUUUGGGUUGCUGUAUGUCGACCAUGAUCUGAAAUUGGGUUAGUUGGUGAGGUAGCUAGUGUACUUACUUGCCUGUUAAUUCAAGUCUUAACUCUGACUCUCUGAGAAUUGCAACAUUUCU